CCAAGAGGAGGCGCUGCCAAAGUCGUCCCCAGACUCAGCCUCCAGCGGCCGGGGACGCCGCCGAGGCGCAUCUCUCGCAGCCCGGUGCUGCCCCCGGCACGCCUGCGACGCGGGACACCCAUUAAGCCACAAAGAGAAGGAUGGGCGCCGGCGCCAGCGCCGACGGCGGCGAGCUCGAGCAGCUCGUGGCCUGCACGUAUUUACUAGGACAAGCCUUAUCGUCCAUGUCCUUCCCGGACAUGUACCGCAUCCAAGACUUCCACGCGGACGACGCGCCUAGGUUAAGGAGCGACCUCGGGUUGUUAGCAGACCGAGAAAAUGAGGAACGGGAGGAAGAACGGCCCUUCGACUACUCGGAGAGGUUCCACGUCACGGUGUCGGGAGAACGCAUUGUGGUGGAUGAUGUGGAGAGAGCCAACGAGGACGGCUGGACGCCGCUCCACGCGUGCUGCCACAACCACCAGACCAUGGGCGCGGCUCUCGAUAUUCUGAAGGAAUUAGUGAAGAGGAAAGCUUCCCUGGAGAGGAAGACGGUGAGAGGUCCCGGGGCGUACGCCUCGGGUUGGACCGUCUUACACAUGGCUGCCGCGUAUGGCGUCGAACCGUUGGUGGAGGCAUUGCUCGAAGCCGGUGCCGAUGUGAACACGAAAAAUGACCAGGGCUGGACUCCACUAUUAGAAGCCUGUCACAGGGGUUUCGACGGCAUUGUCCGGAAGCUGUUAACGGGAAACAAGACGCUGGACCACAUUCCGGACGUCGAGGCGUCGAAGGCCUUUCCCCUGGCGAAGCCGCCCCCCCAGUCGGCGCUAGGCGAGGCGUCACGGUGCGGGUUUGAGGACAUCGUAAAAGUGCUACUGGAGGCCGGUUCCGAUAAAGACCUCGUAAAUCACCUGGGCUGGACGCCUUUACAUGAAGCGGCGUUUUAUAAUCACGUUGAUGUCGCUAGGACAUUACUGGUGUACGGGGCCAACGCGACGAAGAAGGACGCGCGCGGCGCGGUGCCCUUCCACGUCGCGUCUCUGCCGUCCGUCAGAGAUGUGUUGAAGGAAUUAGGUGGGCCCGACGCGUGUCCGGAAAGGGACUGCCCUCCCGGUCUAGCCUUUCAGUUCGGGGCCUUGCUCGGGAAUGAUUUUUCAGAUGACGAGGUGCAGCCCUUGGUGGCCGAGUCCAAAGAUGAGGAUGAGGGUUUCCCGGUGGGCACGCCGGUGGAGUUAGUAGGUUUGAAGAAGGGCGAACUCAACGGGAGGCGAGGGAAGAUAAUAGAAACGCCAUCGAGCGUACCCGCAGGUAGGGUCGCCGUGUUGCUAGAUGGCAAGGGCAUCGCCGUCAAGCGCGAAAACUUGGUGGACGUCACGAAUAAACCGAUCAACCAAGUGGCACGAGCUGUUGAUUUGCCCGAAGAACCGCAGUUCCUCCACAAAGGCGCGAUGCUCGGCGAGCUGCCGUCCUUGACGCCGCAAAGGUCACACGACCGGGAGGAGCAUCGGCGAUUGUCGGAAGGCGCGUCGUCCGCCGAACGAAGGAGGAUAGCCCCGAAUUACGACGACGACGACGACGAGCCGGCGACGCCGCAGCAGCAGUGGGACGCAGACACACCAGCAGAGUUCGCUUGUGCCAUUUCAAAACGGAUGAUGAGGGAACCGAUGCGGAGCCCCUACGGCCACGUCGUCGAGGCCAAGGUCAUCCAGGCGUGGUUCGCGAAGAACGGAAGCGUCUGCCCCUUGACGGGCCAGCCCUUGUCGGCCGCCCAAUUGAAGCCCGACAAGGAAUUACGGCAAAAAAUCACGCAGUGGGAGGUCGCGCGCGCGAUAAAACGGAACUCGACGUCGCCCGGGGCUGCUGCUGCGGACGACGACGACGACGACAUCUACGACUUCUGACGGCCCCGCUCGUUUCGCGUUCGUUCGUCCUCCGGGCACCCUUAAGUCUGUUCUUGCCCACUG